AUGGAUGUUGUCAUCAAGAUCCCACUUGCCGUCGUAUUUAUAUACAGCUGGGAUUAUGUAGCGCCGUAUCUAACCCGCAGCGAUUUCACGUCCAGUACAUCUCCAGAGGGCGCAAUUGUCAGAUUUUUCUCAUGGACAGGGAUAUAUUUGACAAAAGUUGUGGUGACGUUCCGACGACAGUUUUACCAAGAUCUCCAUGAAUCGAGUAACGCAGUCAGGAUCCAUGAACCAAAAGAUGAAUCGCGCCCGGACGUAAUCUCGGCAGACUCCAAGCCGCAACCGCUCCGUCUCUCCAUCCGACGGAGGACCUUUUCCCAGCCCAGCCGCCGUGAAGUUGAUGAAUUUGUGGCUCGCUCCAGGCUGGAAGAAUGCCUACAAGGCUCACAGUACUGCCUUCCUGUAGCCGCGUAUUUUGAGCCCCGAGCAGCAACGCCCAUGGAUCACAUCCAGAGCGACAAUAGCCGGGUCUCGUCAAAGUGCGAACGCUCCAAGGAGUGCCUGCGAGAACAACAAAGACUCGAGAAAUCUCAGAAAAUGGAGGCUUCUGAGAAUAAUGAACAUGACCAGUUCUGGCGUCAAAAACACCAGCAAGAUAAAGCAAACUCCGAAAAGCAGCUCGAACUACAAAGCCUCAAGAAACCUCAGCAAAUGGAGGCUCCUGAAAAUAAUAGACAUGACCGGUUCUGUCUUCAGAAACACCACCAAGAUAAUGUCAGCCAUCAUCACAUAAAUGCGCGUCCUCCGGCUAAAGCGCAGCCGCGUAUCUGGGGCACAUCUGAACCCCAGAACCUAGAAAACUCCAAAAAGCAGCUCCAACUAGCUGAUAUUAAAAGGAACGACACAUUUCGUCAGCUCUGGGAAAAUCUCAAAGAGCUACUUCCACCUCGACAGACAAGAGGCCAGACAAGAGGCCAGUCAAGAGAAAAGUUCGUCCAGGACCUGGCCAGCUUCGAGAAAGAGUUUAGCCAGGAAGAAAAAAGGUUAAAAAUCGCCUUGCAUAGAAUCGAGGGAAAACAGUUUGAUAACAAGGAAUCACUGGCCCGUGAACAAGACAAGUUUGCCAAAGAAUUGAAACACUAUGCCAAUACUCUGGACAAGUUUCGCGAAUGGCUGAGAGGCGUCUAUUUGGAGAACAAAUCCCACCGUGAGAAUUUGCAGAAGCAGCGGCUCCAGGAGACCUUGCGGAAGCAGCAGCUCCAGGAGGCCUUGGAGAAGCGGCGCCUCCAAGAGAUCUUGGAGGAGAAACUCCUCCAGGGGAAUUUACAGAAUAAACGACGCCAGGAGGAUCUGCGAAAACAGGUACUCGAGGAGAAUUUGCGGAAGAAGCUACUACAGGGGAAUUUGUGGAAUAGACCACGACAGGAGGAUCAGACAAGCAUGGGGCAACAUGGACGGGAGCACCAGAAAACGCGGGAAGAUGGCAAGUGUGGCCAGCAGCCUGUCCAACUGAAAUCGGCUCUCAAACAGACAAACGCGAGGACAUACCAGAAAGAUCCUGUGGGCAGAGAUCAAAUUGGACAUGCGAGGAUGGCGGGCAUGGAGAGAGUUACAAAAGCCACCACGACGAAAGCGGAGGGAACGCGUCGCAAAGUCUACUGGGAACUCCCAAUGAAAGACGAAUAA